AACAAUCAAACGGGUUAGCAAUUUUUCUUAAGCAGUGAUUAGCUUUCGCCAUUCCUCCAAAGCACCCGCUCCAGAAUUUGCAGUCCUUGUCGCCGGUCGCCGGUCGCCGUUCGGCCUUCCUUAUCUAGAAUUGCUAAACAAUUGUCAGCUCACUCAGAUAGGAUAAGGAGUGGUUGUUAGCGUGUUUGUAUUGAUUGAAGUGCAAAACUUUGACUUUUUGCUUAAAAUGGUGGUUGUGAUUUCUACUCGAAUAGAUAAAUUUGGCCGAGUUUUGCGAGUUGUUGGACAGCGCUUUUUGUCAAGCAGUUUGGUUCAUUCUGUUUCAGAAACAAAAGAUGAAGUUGAAACAAUUGCUAGAAUCAUCAAUGACCACCCUUUUCCUGUUCAGCCUCUGCAACCAAUGCUUAAACGUCAUGUCUCUUCGAGUAUCCUGUCUACCAUGUUUGUUGAAAAUGUCAUUGGUCGCCUAUUUGCGGCACAUGCAAAUGGUCUUAAAGCAUAUGAAUUUUUUGAGUUCUGCCUCAACCAUCCUGAGUAUAGUCCAACCUCUGAUGCAUUUGAGAAGACACUUCACGUACUAGCAAGAAUGCGAUACUUUGAUAAGGGUUGGGAACUAAUGAAGAAAAUUCAACAGCUACAACCGUCGUUGCUCACCCUUAAGUCAUUGAGCAUCAUGCUAUCAAGAAUAGCAAAAUACCAGUCCUAUGAAGAUACCCUUGAAGCAUUUGAGAAGAUGGAGCAGCAUUUAUUCCCUGGGAAGAAAUUUGGCACCGAAGAGUUCAAUAUUCUUCUUCGAGCAUUUUGCUCACAAAGGCAGAUGAAAGAAGCUCGUUCAGUAUUCAACAAACUCCAUUCUAGGUUCCCACCUGAUACCAAGACAAUGAAUAUCUUGCUUUUGGGGUUCAAGGAAUCAGGGGAUAUUACUGCCGUAGAGUUAUUUUACCAUGAGAUGGUUAAAAGAGGUUUUAAGCUUAAUUCUGUAACAUACAGUAUAAGAAUUGAUGCAUACUGCAAGAAAGGUCGCUUUGGUGAUGCUUUGAAGCUGUUUGAAGAAAUGGAUAGGGUAAAUUGCUUGCCUACAGUUGAAACAAUAACAACUUUGAUUCAUGGAGCAGGGAUUGCUCGUAAUAUAAGUAAAGCUAAGGAACUAUUCAAUGAACUAUUCAAGAGAAAUUUUCAACCAGACACUGGAGCCUAUAAUGCCCUUUUGAGUUCUCUUACCAAAUCCAGGGAUGUCAAAUCUGCAGCAGUCUUAAUGGAUGAGAUGGAAGAGAAAAAUAUUGAGUUCGACAAUGUAACUUACCACACUAUGUUGUGGGGAUUGAUAAGAUCAAAUGAUGUUGGUGGUGUCAUUGAUCUUUACGAAAGGAUGGUUGACAAAAAUUUCUUGCCCAAGGCACGUACUGUUGUGAUGCUGAUGAAAUUCUUUUGUGAAAACCAGAGAGUUGAUCUGGGUUUGAGCUUAUGGAAUUACCUGAUGAAUAAAGGGCACUGUCCACACUGCCAUUCUUUAGAAAUUCUGGUCACAGGAUUGUGCUCUCGUGGGAGAGUUGAAGAAGCAUUUGAGUGCUCUGAGCAAAUGUUGAAGAGGGGUAGGCACAUGAGCGAGCUAGUGUUUCAGAUGUUGAAGAGGUUUUUCUUACAGCUGGGAGAGGAGGAAAAGUUACAGAAGCUCUACCAAAUGACAAAGAGAUUAGAAAUGAUAUUGCCUCCUAAUGGACAAACUGUUGGCACAGCCUAGGUACAGAGCUGCAAGUAAGGUGCUGUUGGUGUUUCGGGCUCAAAUUUGCUUAUGGGGAGGGUUAGAUGUCAUAUGCCGUUGCACUAACAUUUAUGAUUAUGAAACUUCCAUGCAGCCACAGGGGGCAUCUGCUCACAAUUCGUGAUUUAUUUGGCACUUCCAAAUGGUUGCUUCAGAGAGCAUAAUCUACAAUGCACAGUAAUGGAAUGGUUAAUUUAGUUAACAAGUUCUUUGAGAUGCAACAUAUUGAUGCUCUUAGGUCUCUCGGAUAUAUACACAAGGCUGGUCACCAGGUGCCUCAUGCAAUGCAUAUAAUUGUUAGAAAGUAUCAUUUUGGCAGUGCUGUCUAAAACUAUGACUUAGAUUCCAUCAGGAGUAACGCGGAAGGAUCUAAAUACUGAGAGGUUGAGGUAACUCACAGGCUUACCAAUGACAGCUCCACUUUUCUGUUGUCAGAUGAGUUGAACUCUAUACUAAGAGAUUUAUUAUCGACCUUGUCACAAGAACACCAAUGCUCUUAUUAUAGAAACAAUGCAUGAGCCUAGUUAGUACAGAAUUUGUCUUUUGAGGAAAAUGUAAUGUCCUCAUAUGACAAUGUAAUAAGUGUAAGAAUAAAACAUUCAUUUGCAUAUAUUCAACGGGCUAAUUAAAUAGCUCCUUUAGAUA